UGCUCUCCUCUCAGGCUCUCAUCACCUCCGCUUUCUCCUUCCUCAGCUACUCUCUUCUCCUCUCACCUACCCCUCCCCUGUACGAUUUGACCCCCCUCAGAUUGGGUCGAACAGGGAGCGCCCAUGGCUCCGGUGAAGCUGUACGGCAUGACACUGUCGUGGAACGUGACGAGGUGCGUGGCGGCCCUCGAGGAGGCCGGCGUCGAGUACGACGUCGUGCCCAUCGACUUCGGCGCCGGCGAGCACAAGACCCCCGAGCACCUCACCAGGAACCCCUUUGGUCAGAUGCCCGUUUUGCAGGAUGGGGACUUCUACGUCUGGGAAUCGCGUGCUAUUUGCAAGUACACAUGCCGCAAGAACAAGCCGGAGCUGCUGAAGGAGGGCGACCUCAAUGAAUCAGCAAUGGUGGAUGUGUGGCUCGAGGUGGAGGCCCAUCAGUACACCGCCGCACUGGAGCCCAUUAUCCUUGAGUGCCUCGUCCGUCCUAUGUUCGGGCGAGCCACUGACCAGAAGACUGUCGAGGAAAACCUUGUGAAGUUCAAGAAGGUGCUGGAGGUGUACGAGGCGCACUUGACCAGGUGCAAGUACCUGGCUGGAGACUUCCUCAGCCUCGCGGACCUUAACCAUGUGUCUGCUACCGCAUGCCUGGCGGCUACACCCUAUGCUUCUUUGUUUGACGCGUAUCCGCAUGUGAAAGCCUGGUGGUCGGGGCUGAUGGCGAGGCCGUCCGUCCAGAAGAUCGCUGCACUGAAGAAGCCAUAUUUUCACAAUAGUGUCUAGCACAGUUUUGAUCGUGAUCCAUGAAAUAAGCCGAGUUGUAUGCUUGUCUGUCCAGGCGCGUGUUGUUGUAAUAAUCUUUUUUUCUUGAAGUGCUAUGCGUCGGCCGGCGGAUCUUUAAAAAAGAUCCGUCGCCUUGCGAGGAUUGUGUGACGCGAGCCCUCAGUUUCUCUGCACUAGUUUCCUACAACAACACUUUUAUUGUAAAAACUUCUCUUCUUUAAUAAGCCCUGUCUCAAAAUAA